CCUCUAAAUUAUUUGGCAACCAAAAAAAUAAAAAUAAAAAAUCCAAUAAAUAUCAAAUAUACCUCAAAAGAGUAGAAUAAAAUGAAGUAUCGAGUGUAUUCCCUCAAAACUGGCAUAUAUGGCAACCUGACCUCAAUUUAUCUUGAAACAAACACGGCAGACGCGCAAGGAAAUGGCUCUUCUUCAGCUCAUUCCUUCCUCCUCUUCGUCUCUCUCUAGCAAACCCACUUUAAACCCUAAUAACAUUCCCUCUCCCUUAAACCCAAACCCUUCGUUAUUUUCAAGGAGAACUAAUUCCCUCCGCAGACAGCGAACCAACUCUCUUCGGUGUUCCGCUUCCUCUUUCUCCGAGAAGCACCAUACGAAUCCUCCCAAGUCCAACGACGUCGUAGAGCUCCCCCUCUUCCCUCUACCGCUCGUGUUGUUUCCUGGCGCGAUUCUCCCCCUACAGAUCUUCGAGUUCCGGUAUCGGAUGAUGAUGCACACUCUCCUCCAGACCGAUCUCCGCUUCGGCGUCAUAUACUCCGACGCUGUUUCGGGCACCUCCGACGUCGGAUGCGUCGGAGAGGUGGUCAAGCACGAGCGCCUCGUCGACGACCGGUUCUUCCUCAUCUGCAAGGGACAGGAGCGGUUCAGAGUGACCAACCUCGUCCGCACCAAGCCGUACCUCGUCGCCGAGGUGACGUGGCUGGAAGACCGGCCGUCCGGGGACGGGGAAGAGGAUCUAGAGGCACUGGCGAACGAGGUCGAGGUGCACAUGAAGGACGUGAUUAGGCUUUCGAACCGGCUCGGCGGGAAGCCGGAGAAGGAGGCGCAAGACCUUCGGCGGAACCUGUUUCCGACCCCGUUUUCGUUCUUCGUCGGAAGCACCUUCGAGGGCGCCCCGAGGGAGCAGCAGGCCUUGCUUGAGUUGGAGGACACCGCCGCGAGGCUGAAGAGGGAGAAGGAGACAUUGAGGAACACGCUCAAUUACUUGACGGCGGCUUCUGCGGUUAAGGAUGUAUUUCCUUCUUCGUAAUCGGAGUUUCUCCUUGUAGGCUGUAUGUAAGCAACAAGAAACGCCAUCAUGACCGAUGUUUUUGAGGCACUGAGUUAAAUAUUUUUUCCAUGAAGGAUGAAAAAUAUGUUUCCAGUUGUUUCUGGAAUUGUACUGUUUUUUCAUUAAAAAAAUAAGAAAGGAGAAAAGAAAUUGAGAGGAACCGAAAAGGAAGAAAGAAUGAAAGAGAAAAACUGUUGUGUUCUUUAUUUCGUCCCAAUUGUUAUAAUCAACCACCAGUAUAUAAUUGUGAUGGAGAGAGUGGUCGCUUGAACAUCAGGAAUGUAGGCAUUGUCAAAUGCUAACAAGCCUAAAUUUUUAUUGACGGAUGUUGGGGUUGCACCCUAGCAUAGUUAGAUGGCAUGGUUGAGGCUUUGUUAGAUGGCAUUUUAUUACUGAAUUUGGGUGACUUUGUUGAGUGUUUAAACGCUGAA